AUGCCCAGACAGGAAACCCUCCACCUCCACCCACACGGCUGGGAAACCGACCCAGAAGAAGAACGCUUCAAAGUCUCAACAUUAGACUACUUAACCGGGCUAACCUACUGCAACUUCGCGCUCUUCUUUGAGAUCACCGAUAGCGACAAACCCCACAUAAUCGAGAUCCUAAAAUCCGGCCUCGAGCGCACCCUCUCUCAAGCCCGGCAUCUCUGCGGUACAAUCGAAAAAGACGCAGCAGGCGGGCACUCCUUCGUCAAAAAGCGAGAAAGCACAGUCCGCUUCAUCAUCCAAUGGCUCGACUCGCCCGAAGAUAGCUCCAAAUACCCCUCAUUCAACGACCUCGCCUCCCAAAACUUCUGCAGCACAGCCCUCACCGACCACAGCGAGUGGAGCGUCCCGCCCAUGACAUAUGGCGAGAAACCCGAAGCGCACCCCGAUUCUAGCCCCAUCGUUGCAGCGUAUAAGGCGAAUUUCAUUCGCGGUGGACUGGUCUUCAUCAUGGCGCAUCAUCACUAUGCGGAUGAUGUGAUGGGCUGGGCCGGGCUGGCGCAUCAAUUGGCGGAGAAUUGCUUCGCGAUUGUACAUGGCACUCCGUUUCCAGAGUGGGAUCCUUCAUGUCUAGACGUCUCGCGUCUCACGAAGCCGAUCCCCCCUGCUAAACUGCAGGUUGAAGGGCGGGCGCCGCCAGAACGACAUCCAGACCACAUCGAUGCAGAGAUGCUCCUGUUCCACCUCCCGAAGAGUAAAGCAGCACAACUAAAAACCCUCGCCACACCACCAGACGGCACCCGCAUCUCAACGUACGAUGCCUUCUCAGCCUUCCUCUGGCGAACUCUAACCCGCCUCCGAGCCCCAUUCUUCAAAACCGAUCUCUCAACCCCACUCUUCUGGGCCGAAGCAGUCGACAUGCGAAGACGCAUGCACUCGCCUCCCGUCCAUCCGCGCAUCCAGCAGAACGUCAUGUCCGCAUCUCUCUCGACACUCGCACCCGUCACACCCCCGACGGCGGGUGAUGUGAUAGCAGACUGGCCGCUUUGGCGACUGGCGCUGUACAUCCGGGGCAUGACGAACUGCGUGACGCAGGAGGCGUUGGAUGAGACGUUGUCCGGCAUUGCGGGGAUUCGUGAUAAGACAGUAAUGAAUAUAAGGAUUGAUUCGUUUCCGCCUUGUUCUAUUCUUCAGACGGAUCAUCGCAGUAUUUGGAGAGGGGGGGGGGAAGAGGGGCCGGAGUUUUCGAUUUCGUAUGAGGUUGUCUUGAAGGACGGACUGCUUGGGGAUGAGGAGUGGAAUGGGUUUUUCGAGUAUCGGGGUGUAGAUGCUGUUGAUGCUUCCUGA